GUUGUCACAUCAGGAGCUGCUGCACAGAUUCUGUUUAUCUGUCAUGACCGCGAAAAGUAAAGAGGCGACUUUUCAAUAGUGUCUUAUCAGGAGCCAUAACCGUCAGAGACCUAGAUUUGUUUGUGAGUUUUUAAAUACUCCUUAAUUUAUUACCGCAAUGUCCCGUGCAAACUUCGCCUGCCUCCCCGCCGCGCUGCUCCUCCUGCUCCUGUCCUGCUGCAGCCCUGCCCGGGGAUAUUUUGCGGAGGAGCGCUGGAGCCCCGAGUCUCCGCUUCUCGCUCCCCGGAUCCUCGUCGCCCUGAUCUGCAGAAACUCAGAGCACUCUUUGCCUUAUUUCCUGGGCAACAUUGAGCGCCUCAACUAUCCCAAGGACCGUAUGGCUCUGUGGGUAGCAACUGAUCACAACGAGGACAACACCACAGCCAUUUUGCGUAACUGGCUCAUCCAGGUGCAGAGCCUUUACCAUUAUGUGGAAUGGAGGCCAAAAGAUGAACCCAGACGUUAUGCGGAUGAAGAUGGUCCGAAGCAGUGGACAGACCUCCGUUAUGAGCAUGUUAUGAAGCUUCGGCAAGUAGCACUGGAGGCAGCUCGUGAGAUGUGGGCGGAUUACUUUAUGUUGGCGGACUGUGAUAACCUCCUCACCAAUCCUGAUGUGCUCUGGAAGCUCAUGAAAGAGAAUAAGACCAUUAUCGCUCCCAUGCUUGAUUCCCGUGCAGCCUAUUCCAACUUCUGGUGUGGAAUGACCUCGCAGGGUUACUAUAAGCGCACCCCUGCCUACAUACCCAUAAGGAAGCAGGUGCGUAAGGGCUGUUUUGCCGUACCCAUGGUCCACUCCACCUUCCUGAUAGACCUCAGGAAAGAGGCAUCCAGGCAGCUGGCCUUUCACCCGCCACACCCAGACUACAGCUGGGCUUUUGAUGAUAUCAUUGUGUUUGCCUUCUCUGCUCGGAUGGCAGAUGUGCAAAUGUUUGUAUGUAACAAAGAGACCUACGGUAACUUCCCUGUGCCCCUUCGAUCCCAUAAUACUUUGCAAGAUGAAGUUGACAGCUUCUUGCACUCCCUGCUGGAGGUCAAUGUGCGAAAUUCCCCAGUGAUGCCUUCCAAAUACAUACGUGUUCCUAGAAAACACCCUGACAAACUGGGCUUUGAUGAGGUGUUCAUGAUAAACCUGCAGAGGCGGACUGACCGCCGAGAACGUAUGCUGAGGGCAUUGUACGAGCAGGAGAUUGCUUGUAAGGUCAUUCCAGCCGUAGAUGGAAAAGCGAUGAAUAUCAGUGAAAUUAAUGCUAUGGGCAUCCAUAUGCUCCCUGGAUACAGUGACCCAUAUCAUGGUCGCCCACUGACAAAAGGAGAACUGGGAUGUUUCCUUUCCCACCAUAAAAUCUGGAAAGAGAUCGUUGAGCGACGCUUGCACACCUCUCUGGUGAUCGAAGACGACCUGCGCUUCGAGGUCUUCUUCAAACGUCGCUUGAUGAACUUGAUGAGUGAGGUGGAGGAUGAAGGACUGGACUGGGAUCUCAUUUAUAUCGGUCGGAAGAGAAUGCAAGUGGAUCACCCAGAGAAAGCAGUGCCUAAUAUACACAACUUAGUGGAAGCAGACUAUUCGUAUUGGACAUUAGGUUAUAUGAUAUCAUUACAAGGUGCUGAGAAGCUUUUGAAAGCAGAACCACUAAAGAGGAUUUUACCAGUGGAUGAGUUUCUUCCUAUCAUGUACAAUAAACACCCUGUGUCUGAUUAUAUGGAUCAGUUUGAAACCAGGGACCUGAAUGCGUUUUCUGCAGAGCCUCUUCUAGUGUAUCCAACACACUACACGGGCGAUGAAGGCUACAUCAGCGACACUGAGACCUCCACAGUGUGGGACAAUGACAAGGUCCGUACAGACUGGGACAGAGCGCGCUCAGGAAAAACCCGGGAGCAGGCUGAGAUCAGCACUGAGGCCCAGAACUCAGAUGUGCUCCAGUCUCCUUUGGACAGUACGGCACGGGACGAGCUAUGAGAAGAACUGCAUGCGAGCCUUGGAAAAAUUCAGAGGUGCAUAGAGCAAGCCGCCUUAGUUUUUUUAAAAUCAUGUUUCAUCUUUGGUACUUUGGAUUUUGCAUCACAGCAGGGAUGUGACAUCAGAGUUUGUAGAAAGAUUUAAUUUAUCCAGAUGUAAGAAGUUCAAAAGGGAUCAGGUCAUGUUUUCCAUCAGGUUGUCCGUUUGUAGUUUUUACUUUAUAAAGGCACUAGACUUGCCAUUUGGAAUGGCAUUUGCAGUACCCAGCUUCUGUCUGUCAUACAGAAAUGAACCUAUAUAUUAGCAAAUAAUGCAAUUGGACUGUUACAUUUCAGUCACCGGGCAAUUAACUUUGUCCUAAUUUGACAUUACACUGUGAAUGCUACAGAUUAAUUAGGCAUUAGCCAAACUGUUGAAAAUCAUGAUUUGAUGGAAGCAUUCAUGUAUUCAGUCAACCAGUAUCAUUCUAAAUCCAUUGGUCUCUGCUGUCAAAAGUCCAAGAGGAGAAAUAUCUGCAUGUCUUUUGUUUUCAUCUUUAGUAUUUUCUCUUUACAAAUUUCAUAUUGCUGUGUUUUGAAUAAUCAUUAGCCAACACUUUAAAUGCUUGCAGCAUAUCUUAAUAACACACAACAGAAACACAAGCACACAGAAGCUUUAGAUUCAAGGAAAUGCUGUGAAUGCCUGAAUGCUAACACAUGUCGUUAUUGCUGUGUCCCUUGUCACCACUUUUGACUGAGUUGUUCCCAGACUAUUGUCGCCAACCAGCUGUUGACAUGGUUAUAAGCGAGACAAACCCCUGCACACACCUCAAACUUGAUGGUUUGGGAGGGACACGGUUAAAUAUUCCCUUUAUGUUCCCUCAGAAAGAACCCACCCAACCACAUCCAAGCACACGCCAGUUUCUACACCUCGUAAUCUUCGACAGUUAAGUCUGAGUUAUAGCAUUUUUUGUAAACACUUGAUGAAAAAAAACCCUACGAAAGAGAACAUGUAAAGUUUGCAUUGUCUUGCUUUUACAUAUUUAUUUUGUCAUGGUUUCUGCAUUACAUGGCCACACUAGAUCUCCAAAGAAGCUGAUUUCUGUAAGGUACUGUUGGGAGAUGUUCAGCCACUGAUUUUGCACAGAAAUGCAGUGGUGCAUUGUGCCAACAAAAAAUAAAAUGUUUUAUUUUUAAAAAAAGAAAAAAAGUUGAAUGUUAUUACUGUUAUAGGAUGCAUAUUACUAUGGUUGUGUGAACAUUUUCUCUGAAGGUUGUGCUACUUAAACUGGCUGUGUGCUUUAGCCAGUAACAUAAUAGUGUGAACAAACAAAAAGCAUGAGGAACCCCUUCACUUAACAAAAUGUAGUGCUUUAAAACAAAUGUCUGUGUGGUAUUGUGGCAGAACUUUAGUUUGUUUAGUGUAUUUUGAGUUGGAUGGCUCUGUUACACUAACUGUAUUUGAGACCUCAUUUACACCUGCACUGUGACACACAGUGGUGACCCAUUUAUUACACUUACACAUAAUUGAUUAUUGUUACUGUGACACACUGGGUAACCUAACCACUGUCAAGCAUGUACCACUUACUUUGUUCUCAGUUUUUAUUUAUCUGAUUAAUCAAGCCCAGAUGUUAAAUAGAACCAAUUUGAGGACAUUUUGUACGCCAAUGUGUUCCAGUCCUAGACAACUGUGCUGUAAGACUGAACACUGAGGUGUACCUUAAGUGGGGUCCAGGACUCUUUUAAUUAUGUCUGAUGGGGCCAUUAGACAUAAUCAAAAGGUUCUUGGAAUGUUCAAAUGGAGCUAAAAGGGGUGGUGGGCUUCAUUUCACACCUCAGUAAUUCCUCACUUUUAACCAAGUGCUCACUGCAAAUAUAAAGUAUGCGGGAUGAUGAGAAGUGCAAAGAAUUUACCAAAUUAUGUAUUCUGAUGUUUAGUAUCGGCUAUUAGAUCAGCAUCUGCCAAUAUCUGCAAUCUGUCAAAAUACACACCGUGCAAACCACUUGCACUCUGACGUUACCCACAACAAGCUGCUGAGAUCACAAACCUUUUUUUUUUUUUUUACUAAAACACUUCAAUCUUAACACUGUGGCACCUUCUGACUGUGGUGUGAUAGUGUAGGUGGGGCCUACAGUGACAGAGAGAUACACUUCCUCUUCCCGUGGUGGUGAAAAUGUUGGCUAACCUCCACUCUAACAGAGGAAGAUCAUUUUGAAAGCACAAACGGCAGCAGGCUCAGAGCUGCAUGCUAGUAAUUUAUCAUAAGUGUGUCAGUGCAUGUACACACUGCAGUGCAGAUUUCCUGCCACCUCAACGGCACUGUUUCUUAUUGUGUAGUGCAGUGUGACCUUAAGGGCAGAUGAUGUGCGAGUGGUGUUGGUAGAGUCUUGCUUAGUGCAGAAAUGGAAGAUCAAGUGCCAAGCCAGGGUUCCUCUCAAGCUACAGGUGAGCACAAAGAAUGUGACAUUUCGAGGUAAUUUUUGGGGAAGUGUUUUGUCUCACAUCUUUUACAGAAUCUGUUGCCCAUCAUGCUUUUAUGUACUGAAACAAUGUUGUUUGGUGUUUUUUCAAAAACCCUUUCAAACCCUGCCAUUGAGAUGUACAUUUCCUCAUUUGUUAAGAUUAUUUUUAAAUGGAUGAAUAGUCUCUUGAUGUGUGCCGAUUGGAAAUUUGCUGACAUCACUGUAGUUUCAUUAUACCACGGGUGUUGCAUGUGGGUGCAUGCACAAUGUGCCUGCAUAUUCUUUGUCAAUGUGUCUGUAAGGAGGUUUAUGGUGCUGUGUGCACCCUCAUAGUCAAAUGAGGACUGGUGAACUUCCUGAACUCUUUUCUAAUUUGUAGUUUUAUUUAACAGGAUGUGGAUUUCUUUAAUCUAUCUAAUCCUAGAAUAUUAAUUUAAGAUUUCACAGAGAUUGGUGCAACAGUUGGUACAACCCCUCAUUGACUACAAAUUGCUACAGUAUUUGGGAACUAGCCACAACGUCAUUUGAAUUCAUGACUGUCAAAUUGUUUUCGGUCAUUGAAAAUACUGCCGUUAUACAACAAACUAAAACAGUCAAAGGCUUGUCUCUGAUUAAGUGGAGUAUGACUGGAACACUUGGUUUUAUAGUUGUGUUCAAACAUCUUACUUCCCUCUCACUUCUUAUUGUUGCACUGUAACACUGCUGGUGCAAAAAACAAGGACUUUAUGUUCAUUGUGGGACGUGACACGAAUUGCAAGCAGGAUGUGGUUGACCAAAAUGGAGCCAUCUCUGUGAAAGACAGAUUGCUUUUUUCAUUUUUGGCAUAUGUUGUAAAUCAUCAGGUUUUAACGUUUUGGUAUGCCCCGAGGUAAAAAACAAAACAAAAAAAAAACAGUUAAAUAGUUUGAGUAGAGUAGGUAGAGGUUUUGCCAUCAAAAUGAACCACAUUGUUCCUCAUUAUAUUUUAGUUCACAUUCAGUCAAAGAAGUGUGCAGAAAUGUAAAGGAAAUGCUGACUCCAGGGGACAAACUGAAGUUUGAUGUUUCUAUCUUCAAGUUUUAUUAUGUUGUACGUUAAGUAUUUAGAUGCUGAUUUUGUUGAGCUGCUAAGAAGUAGUGCAGUGGUAAAAUACUGUAAACUUCAAUAAUCUCAUCAUCUCAACAUGUGACCAAUAGAAAUCAGGUCAGAGCUGAAUGGGUUAUUCACCGUUCCAACCUUCAUAUUUUUCUUUGUUGUGCGGCUUUACAAAAUAAAGAGAAACCUUAUUUGGGGAUUGCGUAACGUGAUCUGCAAUCUGUGUGUA